AUGGCCACCCCAGACGCCAACAUGAGCUCAACACGCUCAGAGCAAAGUAGCCACGACACAAUCGUCAACAACGAACUCUCUACAAACGAAAAGCCUCUCCAUCCCGCUUCCGCCCCAGGAGACCAAACCAGUUCAACAGACGACGAAGAUGACGGCCCCCAGACCGAAGAGAUGGUCCGACGACACUCCAUCGUUAGAGACCUCGCUCGCAAUUACACAAACACUUCGCAUCACUUCAAUGGUAGCAACGCCGAUCUUUUCAACGCAGCCGACCCAGCCUCCCCUCUCAACCCUUCAAGCGAGAACUUUAAUGCUAGAGCAUGGGCCAAAGCCAUGUCUAAGUCGAUGAACGAGAAUGGUGCCGGCUUUCGACAGAGUGGUAUUUGUUUCCAGGACAUGAACGUCUUUGGAUACGGUGCCGAAACAGAUUAUCAGAAGGAUGUUGGUAACGUCUGGCUCGGAUUGCCUAGCAUGGUACAGCAGGUGUUCAAGCCAAACGCGGGUAAGCGCAGAAUUGACAUUCUUCGCGGUUUCGACGGUGUCGUCAACGCAGGAGAGAUGCUCGUCGUUCUGGGUCCUCCCGGUUCAGGUUGUUCCACAUUCCUCAAGGCUGUCUCGGGUGAGACGAACGGUAUCUACGUCGAUGACAGCACUUACUUCAACUAUAACGGAAUCACAGCAGAGGAGAUGCACAAGUACCACAAGGGUGAGACCAUCUACACAGCAGAAGUAGACGUCCAUUUCCCCAUGCUUUCUGUCGGUGACACCCUCACCUUUGCCGCCCGAGCACGAUGCCCUCAGAACUUGCCAGCCGGUAUCAACCACAACCAGUACAGCGAGCACAUGCGCGACGUUGUCAUGGCUAUGUACGGUAUCAGCCACACGGUCAACACUCAGGUCGGAGACAACUACAUCCGAGGUGUGUCAGGCGGAGAGAGAAAGCGAGUCACCAUCGCCGAAGCAACACUUUCCAACGCUCCCUUCCAAUGCUGGGACAAUUCAACCCGUGGUUUAGAUUCAGCCAACGCCAUUGAGUUCUGUAAGACUUUGCGCUUACAAUCCGAGCUCUUUGGACAGACAUGUGCUGUCUCGAUUUACCAAGCGCCCCAGACAGCCUAUGAUCUCUUCGAUAAGGCACUCGUUAUUUACGAAGGACGCCAGAUCUUCUUUGGUCCCGCCGAUGAAGCGAAAGCCUACUUCAUCAAUCUCGGUUUCGAAUGUCCCGAUCGUCAAACAACGCCUGACUUCCUUACAUCCAUGACUGCACCAUCUGAACGAGUCGUCCGUCCUGGUUUCGAGAACAAGGUCCCACGAACACCCGAUGAGUUCGCCGCUUGUUGGAAGCAGAGCCAACAGUACCAGAUCGUCCGCGCAGAGGUCGAGAGCUACAAGAGUCUCUACCCCAUCAACGGUUCCAGCGCCGACGCUUUCCGUGAGAACAAGCAGUCCGCUCAGGCAAAGGGCCAAAGACUCAAGUCUCCCUUUACCCUGUCAUACAUGCAACAAGUCCAGCUUUGUUUAUGGCGAGGCUUCAAGCGCCUUGUUGGUUCACCGGGUGUCACAAUCUUCCAGCUCAUUGCAAAUACAGUCGUUGCACUUAUCGCCUCGUCACUGUUUUACAAUAUGCAACCUACGACUGGAGAUUUCUUCAAACGUGGUGCUGUUUUGUUCUUGGCUGUCUUGUCUAAUGCUUUCGCAUCUGCCCUUGAGAUUUUGACGCAGUAUGCUCAGAGACCUAUUGUUGAGAAACAUGCCCGCUAUGCUUUCCACCACGCCUCUGCUGAAUCGUUCGCUUCUAUCCUGGUUGAUAUGCCUUAUAAGAUCACCAACAGUAUUCUGUUCAAUCUCACGCUCUAUUUCAUGACGAAUUUGAACAGAGAUGCCGGUGCUUUCUUCUUCUACCUUCUCGUGUCGUUUAUUAUGGUCCUUGCCAUGUCUGGUAUUUUCAGAUCCAUUGCAUCGAUUUCUCGUACCCUGUCGCAAGCUAUGGUUCCAGCCUCGCUUCUCAUCCUCGCCCUCGUCAUUUUCGCAGGCUUCGUCGUACCAGUCGAUUACAUGCUUGGUUGGUGUCGCUGGAUCAAUUACCUUGACCCCGUCGCCUACGCCUUCGAGUCCCUCAUGGUAAACGAGUUCUCCGGCCGCAACUUUACCUGCACCGGCUUUGUCCCGAACCCUCAGAUCCCCGGUUACGCCGACGUGGAUUCUAUGAACAGGGCUUGUUCCACGGUCGGUGCUGUCCCAGGUCAGAGUUGGGUCAACGGUGACGCCUACCUCAACCUCGAGUACAAGUACUUCCACUCUCACAAGUGGCGCAACGUCGGUAUCCUUAUCGCCAUGACAGUCUUCAACCACAUCGUCUACAUCGUCGCCACAGAGUACAUCUCAGCCAAGAAGUCAAAGGGUGAAGUCCUCGUCUUCCGCCGCAGCAACAUGCCCGCCAAGGCCAAGUCCGACCCCGAAGCCGCAUCUUCCAGCCCCAUCCCCGUCACUGAGAAGAACAACAGCGAAGUUGCCAACAUUCAAGGUUCUACUAGUGUCUUCCAUUGGAACGACGUGUGCUACGACAUCAAGAUCAAGGGUGAACCACGACGCAUUCUCGACAACGUUGACGGUUGGGUCAAGCCCGGAACCCUCACAGCAUUGAUGGGUGUAUCAGGUGCUGGAAAGACGACUCUUCUCGACUGUCUCGCUGAUCGUAUCUCUAUGGGAGUCAUCACUGGUGAAAUGCUUGUUGAUGGCAAGUUGCGCGACGACUCGUUCCAGCGUAAAACAGGCUACGUGCAGCAACAGGACCUUCACUUGGAAACCAGCACUGUUCGCGAGGCUUUGACUUUUAGCGCUCUUCUUCGUCAACCUGCCUCUAACCCACGUGAAGAGAAGAUCGCCUAUGUCGAUGAAGUCAUCAAGCUGUUGGACAUGCAAGAGUACGCAGAUGCAGUUGUCGGUGUCUUGGGCGAGGGUCUCAAUGUCGAGCAGCGCAAGCGUCUAACAAUCGGUGUUGAGCUCGCUGCCAAACCGCCUCUACUUCUCUUCGUCGAUGAACCUACUUCCGGUCUUGACUCGCAGACAUCCUGGGCUAUUCUUGAUCUCCUCGAGAAGCUGUCCAAGGCAGGUCAAUCUAUCCUCUGUACCAUCCAUCAACCGUCAGCCAUGCUCUUCCAACGCUUCGAUCGUCUUUUGUUCCUCGCUAAGGGCGGACGCACAAUCUACUUUGGUGACAUCGGCAAGAACUCUGAGACCCUUACCAACUAUUUCGUCAAGAACGGUUCUGAUCCUUGUCCCAAGGGCGAGAACCCUGCUGAGUGGAUGCUCGAGGUCAUUGGUGCGGCACCUGGUUCCCAUACUGAAAUCGACUGGCAUCAGACAUGGCGCGAAAGCUCUGAGUAUCAAGAUGUUCAGACUGAGCUUCAGCGUCUCAAGGCAGAGGGUAAUGCGAAUGGUGCUGCGGAGAGUCACGAUGCUGAAUCCUAUCGCGAGUUUGCUGCGCCCUUCGGCGAACAGCUUCGUAUCGCUACUACCCGUGUUUUCCAGCAGUACUGGCGCACCCCAUCGUACAUCUACUCCAAGGCUGCUCUGUGUAUUCAGGUUGGAUUGUUCAUCGGUCUUGUCUUCCUCAAUGCCCCUCUGAGUCUUCGAGGCUUGCAGAACCAGAUGUUUGCCAUUUUCCAGGUCUUGACAGUCUUUGGUCAAUUGGUUCAGAUGCAGAUGCCUCACUUUGUCACCCAACGAUCCCUCUACGAAGUCCGCGAACGACCCUCCAAGACAUACAGCUGGAAAGUCUUUAUGCUAUCCCAGAUCAUGGCUGAAAUCCCUUGGAACACCCUCAUGUCGGUCUUUUUGUUCGUCUGCAUCUACUAUCCCGUCGGCUUCCAGAAGAACGCCGAGUUUGCAGGCCAGACAGCUGAACGAGGUGGUCUCAUGUGGCUUCUCUUCUGGCAAUUCCUCAUCUUCACUUGUACCUUUGCGCACGCCGCCAUCGCGAUUACCGAUACAGCUGAAGCGGGUGGUAACUUGGCCAACGUCGUCUUCAUGCUCUCGCUCUUCUUCUGUGGUGUUUUGGCUUCGCCCGAUAACAUGCCCGGUUUCUGGAUCUGGAUGUACCGAGUUUCGCCAUUCACCUAUCUCGUGUCAGCGAUCUUGUCAACUGGUAUCGGAAACGCAGAGGUUACAUGCACAGCGCAAGAGUUGACCACAUUUAACCCUCCCAACGGAACUACCUGCGGAGAAUAUCUGGAGUCGUACAUGGCGCAAGCUGGUGGUUACUUGACUAACUACGACGCCACAUCCGACUGCAAGUUCUGCACCAUCAAGGACACCAACGUUUACCUCGAGGCACUCAGCUCUAGCUAUGAUAACCGUUGGAGAGACUUUGGUAUUGGAAUGGUGUACAUCGUCGUCAACAUUGUUGGUGCUCUGUUCUUGUACUGGCUUGUCCGCAUGCCUAAGAACAAGAACAAGAAGCAGAAGAAGGCGUAA